AUGAGCUUGCGUGUGGAGUCUGCGCAUGAGCAUGGCAAGGAAGGAGAAGCAGCAGCUACAGGAAAGGGCGAGGAGGGCGGAGGAGGGAAACUCAAGGAACAGAAAGUCCCCUUCCUCAAGCUCUUCACUUUCGCCGACACAUGGGAUGUCUUCCUCAUGGCAGCGGGCGCGGUGGGAGCCUGCGUCCACGGAGCCUCCGUGCCCGUCUUCUUCAUCUUCUUCGGGAAGCUCAUAAACAUCAUCGGCAUCGCCUACCUCUUUCCCACCACCGUUUCUGAUAGAGUGGCGAAGGUCUCUCUUUCCUUCAUUUUAGGACUCCAAGGCCACUCAUACAUGCUUAUCUAUCUAGACAGACAUAUAUGUAUCUACGUUCACUCAUCUUGUUCCUUCCUCCCUGUUAACAGUAUUCUCUGGACUUUGUCUAUUUGGGUGUGGCGAUCCUAUUCUCAUCAUGGGCUGGUGAGCCUCUCCAUCUUUGUAAUCGGGAAAACGACGGCCAAUGGGGAUUUACUGUCUUUCAAUAUUGUAGAGGUGGCCUGUUGGAUGCAUACGGGGGAGAGGCAGGCGGCCAAGAUGAGGCUGGCUUAUCUGAAAUCACUGCUGAACCAAGACAUAGAGCUCUUCGAUACAGAGGCAUCAACGGCGGAGGUGAUAUCCGCCAUCACAGGCGACAUCAUCGUCGUCCAGGACGCGAUAUCCGAGAAGGUUGGUAGCCCACAUACCACAACACCCGACUCAUGAUUUAUUGUGUGUAUAUUUGAUCUGUGUGUGUGCGCGGACGCGGGAGCGUACAUGUAGAAUUUUCACCUCUUUUCGAUUCUUUUUUACCACAAUAUCCCAAUUCUGAUUAAUAAUUCAGAUACAUUCUUUUCUUUUAACUUUCGCCUUUUCUCUCUCCCAAAAUAUAUGCAUACGUGCGUAUCUGAUUAUUGCUUGCAUUCCAGAAGGUUUUUAUAUGCUUCAGUGAACCCGUUCAAGAAUAAUUAUAGGUACUUCGAAUGAAUUCCUCUCUCUCUCUCUCUCUCUCUCUCCUUCUCUCUCCAUAUAUACACGAAAAUUGGUGACCCCUCCCAACUUCACAAUAUCCUGGCACAAAAAAUGAUAAUAUAUGAAUUUGAUAUUCGCUCAAUUUCGUCUAUUUUAUCUUUCAUUCUCUCUCUUUCUCUCUCUUUCUUUCUCUUUAUCUAUCCAUCGAUACAUACAUAUACAUAUAUACAAAUAUGUGUAUAUAUAUCUGAUUCUAGCUUGUAUCAGAAAGGUGGGUGCACACAACUUCGCAAUGCCGCAGAUAUGAAUAAUACUUAUAUUCGUCUAUUUAUCCGUUCUUCAAAGUUGUGGAUCCUAUCGUUUUAAUUUCGAGUUGUUUAUUCGUUUACUUUUUUUGAGGAAGGACCGUCCUGCCUUCAUUUAUUAAAGGGUUGCGUGGCAGACUUCAAAUUUACUGUGUUUUUUUGGGUCUUCGCGCGAAUUUAAUUGACGACUGUAGCGGUCGAUGAGUCGGCUGGAUGGGAAUUUAUUGCCCAAGUAGUUGGGUUUGGUCCUCAUCUUCUUCAUUUCUUAUUAAAAAAUAAUGAGAAUUCCGACAUCAUAUUCAUUUCUUCUUUGAAAAUUUCUCGCUUAGAAAAACUCUGUAGUUUAUUCAUGAGGCUUCAAUAUUAUAUUUUAUGUAAUUCAGCUGUCGGAACGUGAGGGAAAGGGGUGUCAGCAUGCCUGGUAAGUCCAGAACCUGUCCCUUUCUACAUCUUCCAGAUUCCACUGAGUAUAGGACAACUCUCUCUCUCUCUCUCUCUGAGGUCAGGUCAGGAGGAUAGAGGAUGAGGCUGGGCAAGACGGGCUUCACGUAGGUUCCACCCACGACAGUCUUGCAAUUGACACCGGGAUGGGACUGGGCCUGACACGGUCUUGGCUCAGCCCUGCCCAGGAAUUGUCCCCCCUAGAGAGGAGGGGAAUAGUUGGCCAUAUGAGUCCGUAUUUAUGUAGAUAUAAACACAGAUGCAAAGUCGGGGACAUGUCACGUGUGUUCAUACGAGAAACGCCAUCUAAUUAGCUGUUGAAAGGCUGUGAGGAAAGCCGGAUCAGCUGCAUCGGGACGAGGAUGGGCCGUGAGGACGAGGGCGUUGUUGAAGGGAAGUCAACGAGAUGUUUUGACGGGCAUCGCUUGAUUUAACUAAUAUUCAAUUGCAGAUGUGUUUAUCAACAUAUACGUAUUUAUUCCUUGUCGUUUCUUUGAAUUUUCGUUCGCUACGUUGGGUUUUACUAAGUCAAGAGACUCGUGGAUCUGGUGCGGAUGGUCGCUGGGGAAGUAACUGGGCCUUGUGGUGCAUGGAACUGUCCCGCGUUUCCAUGUCUCCCUGCGAACAAGAGAUUCCAUGGAAUCCCCCAAAGAAGCUCAAUUUUAGGAACAGUUGAGAAUUCCUAGGGAUGAAAAAGGGAGAUUCUUCUCGAAGAACAGGUGCUGCACGUGCUCUUGGAUGAGAACGAUAUUCCUCAAACCAUGAUAGAUAAUCAUAGAGUUAUUGUCUAUUCGACAUGUUUCACUGGAAUUAUAUCCAUAUGUUAUCAUAUUCUCCAGGUUUAAACACGAUUAAUCUUGCAGGCAGGAAACUUCCUACACUACAUCAGCCGCUUCAUUGCCGGAUUCGCCAUAGGGUUCACCUACGUCUGGCAGAUCAGCCUCGUCACCUUGUCAAUAGUGCCACUGAUAGCGCUUUCCGGCGGAGUAUAUGCAUACACGGCGAUCGGGCUCAUCGCGAGAGUGCGCAAAUCUUACGUGAAGGCCGGAGAGGUUGCCGAAGAGGUUAGUUGGCCUCUUCCCUCACGCAUCUAUGUUCUUGUCGCCGUUGAUUGGCCUGUUUUUCUGACUGAUCGGAUCCUUCUGUCUGUUCAGGCUCUCAGCAAUGUUCGGACUGUCCAGGCAUUUGUUGGAGAAGAGAAGGCGGUGAGUUCCUAUAGAACCGCACUCCUGGAGACGUACGAGUAUGGGAAAAAGGGAGGGCUCGCCAAGGGCCUUGGGCUCGGAUCGUUGCACUUCGUCCUCUUUUUGUCGUGGGCGUUACUCGUGUGGUUCACCUCCAUCGUCGUCCACAAGGGCAUCUCCAAUGGCGGAGAGUCCUUUACCACCAUGCUUAACGUCGUCAUCUCCGGCCUGUAAGUCUUCACAUAGGAGUUCACUAAUGUACAGAUAGAUCGAGAAAAAUUGAAGCACCGGCUUAUAGAGCGAGUAAAUUCUUUGAAAAACAAUAAUCCUAUAGCUUGAUGUAUCUCUGUUCAGCUCUCUCGGUCUUGCGGCGCCGAACAUCCCAGCCUUUCUUCGGGCGAGAGCGUCGGCGUAUCCCAUCUUCAAGAUGAUAGAGCGGAGCGCAGCCAGCAAAUCAAGUGCCAAGUCUGGCGGAAAGAUCCUCCCCGCCGUCGAGGGUCACAUCCAGUUCAGGGAUGUUUGCUUCAGGUACCCCUCACGGCCGGAGAUGCUCAUCUUCGACCGCCUUUGCCUGGACAUUCCGGCAGGAAAGGUGGUUGCACUCGUUGGUGGGAGCGGGUCCGGCAAGAGCACCGUUAUCUCCCUCAUCGAAAGAUUCUACGAGCCCACCUCCGGGGAGAUCCUCCUCGACGGGCAAGACAUCAAAGGGCUCAAUCUCAAGUGGCUGCGAGGCCAGAUUGGACUGGUCAACCAGGAGCCUGCUCUUUUCGCCACCAGCAUCCGUGAGAACAUCCUCUACGGGAAAGACGACGCCACACUCGACGAUAUCACACGUGCGGCGAAGCUCUCAGAGGCCAUCUCCUUCAUCAACAACCUCCCAGAUCGCUUUGAAACACAGGUAGGUGAAAUCCUCCACUCUCCAGGGGACUCGUCCUGCUUGGAACACACCCAUUGAAAGGUGAUGAUUUCAUCGUGCAGGUGGGAGAGAGAGGCGUGCAACUAUCGGGAGGCCAGAAGCAGAGAAUAGCUAUAUCGAGGGCCAUACUGAAGAACCCCGCCGUGCUCCUGCUGGACGAGGCCACUAGCGCGCUCGACGCGGAGUCGGAGAAGAGCGUCCAGCAGGCUCUGGACCGGGUCAUGAUGGGAAGAACGACCGUUGUCGUCGCCCACAGAUUAUCAACGGUGCGGAAUGCCGACAUCAUCGCCGUCGUCCAGGGAGGAAAGAUUGUAGAGUUGGGGACGCAUGAGCAGCUCAUGGCGGAUCCUCAGAGCGCCUACUCCUCCUUGGUGCAGCUCCAAGAGGUGGCGGCUUCUCGGAGGGCGGCGCCGUCCUCCGACGGUGCUGCCGUGGGGCGGCCUCUAAGGUGAUGGCCUCCCUACUCUUUCCCUAUCAUUACCAUGAAUUUGGUUUGCGUGUAGAAGGAUACAGCGAUAUGGCUUUCAUUAAACUGGUGACCUACAGAGUGCGUUUAAAAAUGUCCAUGUCUUUUUAUAAAGACCACAAACCAUGGGAUAGUUUGUAGGGUUUGAUUCUCCCUAGGACGUAGAAAUUAUUUAAAACAUUUCAGAAUAAAUUUUCUAUGCUGUGCAUUAUGCCACACCAUAUCUGAUCGUAUUUCGAUUAUGAAAAUUUCAUUAUAAAUUAAUUUAAUUACGUUCCUCGCAUGAUUCGCAUAAUAUAGUACAAGAUGACUGACAAUAUAACUAUCCAUUUUUUCUACACCCUCAGCAUGAAGUACUCCCAAGAGCUUCUUAGAACAACCAGCCUGGGGGCGAGCGUCCAUUCCGAUAAGGAUUCCAUCGGCCGGUACGUUGCCGAAGGCGGUGAACCGCCAAAGCUGAAAACUGUGUCGGUGAAGAUGCUCUACUCCAUGGUGAAGCCUGAUUGGGUCUGUGGGUUGCUCGGCACAAUCGGCGCAUUGGCUGCGGGGGCCGAGAUGCCCUUGUUCGCUCUUGGUGUCACACAGGCCCUGGUCUCCUAUUACAUGGGCUGGGAGACGACGAGGCUGGAGGUGAGGAAGAUCGCCCUCCUCUUCUGCGGUGGCGCCAUCGUCGCCAUGUUCGUACAUGUUCUCGCGCACUUCAACUUCGGAAUCAUGGGAGAAAGGCUCACUCUUCGCGUAAGACAAAGGAUGUUCGGAGGUAAUCAAGAUUGGACUUUGGAUGAAUUGCAUUUGGUUGACGCACAUGGUAACAUAACUACAAUCACCGUUGCAUUAUUCUUCUCAAGAAUAAUUAGAAUGAAAAAAUUGCACGUUUGGUAAUUCAUAUUUAUAUGGCAAAAUAUAUCAAACACCGCCCACUGUUUUCUCAUAUGAUCAUGUUCAUGCCUUGUAUAAGUUCAUUCUUAUGCUAACUCCAUAUGUAUUAGGAUGGAUACGUCAACAUGAGUAAGCUAAUUAAUUUCUUAUUUGAUCCCUAGCCAAUUCAGAUGGGCAUUGAUAACCGUCGAUCUUGUUCUGUAAAGUGUGGGAAUGAAUUGUAAGUCCACACAUGUCGGUACUUAUGCGUUUAUCCCUGAAUCAGGAUAGAAAUGGUAUCUCCGAUAAAGUAGACUCAUUCUUGGCAGAUUCGACCCCAUCGGAAGCAUUGUCAAACACGAAAGCUCGAAUUAGCCAAACUAACCCCAAUAGUAGUGCUGACUCAUUUUUUUAAAUUGGACGUGACUUGUCUGACCUCACUAGUUGAUUUUAGACUCAGAUCUGGGGCUGUCCAUGUGUGAUGGAAUCUAUUAGGACUAUGUAUUGGUUAAGUCCUCUAGAUGAUGCUUAUGUUUCUGAUUACUGGACGCAGCAAUGUUGAAGAACGAGAUCGGGUGGUUUGAUGAAAUGGAGAAUAGCAGCUCAAUCCUAGCGUCUCGGCUGGAAACCGAUGCAACACUCCUGAAGAUGAUCGUCGUCGACCGUUCGACCAUCCUGCUCCAGAACAUUGGCAUGAUCGUCUGCUCUUUGAUCAUCGCCUUCAUCCUGAACUGGAGGAUCACUCUAGUUCUCUUGGCCACGUACCCGCUGAUCGUCAGCGGGCAUAUCAGCGAGGUGUGCUCAGCUCUCUCUCUCUCUCUCUCUCUCUCUCUCUCUCUCUCUCACACACACACACACACACACACACACACACACUCGUUCACUCACUCACCGACUCAUUUUUCCCUCUCUCUCGUUCCCUCAAUUGUUACAGAAGCUAUUCAUGAAAGGGUACGGAGGAAACCUAAACAAAUCCUACAGAAAGGCCAACAUGCUCGCAGCAGAAGCUGUGAGCAACAUCCGCACUGUCGCCGCCUUCUGCUCCGAGGACAAAGUAAUUGACUUAUACUCCCGCGAGCUCGAAGAGCCAUCCAAACAGUCCUUCCGUCGCGGCCAGGCUGCAGGACUCUUCUACGGCGUUUCCCAGUUCUUCAUAUUUUCUUCCUACGCUCUUGUCCUAUGGUAAGUUUUCCUGAUCGAUACGUCGUCCUCAGCUUUCGUUGGUUAUAUUCUGUCAUGUAGCAUGGUUUCACAUGAUUUUUACUCAGAAGUUAAAAAUAUGUAUUGACAAAGAUUUUUUUAUUUUAAGAAUCACCUAACAUUGGUUUGAGGAUAUUAAGUUUAGAUAUUCCACUCAUUCAUUUGGUUUGGGAUUAAACCGUCUCGCUCUUUUAAAUGAUAUCGAUUGUCUAAACUUAGUUACUAGAUCGUGCACAUUAUCCAUAUAUAUAAUCAUCAAUAGAGCAGACAGAAAAAAAUAUUGCAUAAAUUGGUCGGGUGAUGUGGAAAAUGUGAUUAGAGUAAGUUCUAAUAUAUUUUAAACUGAUAGUUUAUCAGUGGAACAGAGACGCAUAUUGAACUAUGUUCCUACAAUAAAAUACAAAAUUUCAGCCAGCAUAACUGACGAUGAAUAAAGCAACAUAAUAUACUGGCCAUGGUUGCAUUUUACCAGCGCUUUUUAAAUGAUGAGGUACUAUUAUACAUUUCAAGAUUCACUACUUUAUUUUGCAGGUAUGGAUCAGUAUUGAUGUCCAAGGAGUUGGCGAGCUUCAAAUCUGUUAUGAGAACCUUCAUGGUCUUGAUCGUGACGGCAUUGGGGAUGGGAGAGACUCUCGCAUUGGCCCCUGACAUCAUUAAGGGCAAUCAAAUGGCGGCCUCCGUGUUUGACAUCCUUGACCGGAAGACGGAGAUACCUGGGGACGUUGGAGAGGAUUUGGGAAAGGUGGAAGGAGUCAUCGAGCUGAGGGGAGUUGAGUUCCGGUAUCCUUCACGUCCGGACGUGGUUAUCUUCAGAGACUUCAACCUGAAGGUGAAGGCCGGGAGGAGCAUGGCUCUCGUCGGCGCCAGCGGCUCCGGCAAGAGUACCGUGCUUUCCUUGAUCCUCCGAUUCUAUGAUCCGACAGAAGGGAGAGUGAUGAUUGAUGGUAUGUGAUCGCCAUAAAUCGACUCAUCCAAAUCACCAUAAUUAUUUGUUAAUUUUAAUUUCAUUGUUCCUCAUCUUUGCAUGCACAGGUAAAGAUAUUAGGAAGCUGAGGCUGAAGUCAUUGAGGAAGCACAUCGGCCUCGUUCAGCAGGAGCCAGCGCUGUUCGCCACGACGAUCUACGACAACAUCGUCUACGGCCAGGACGGCGCCACGGAAGCGGAAGUGGUGGAGGCGGCGAAGCUGGCCAAUGCCCACGCCUUCAUCAGCAGCCUGCCGGAGGGCUACGCCACCCGGGUGGGCGAGCGAGGGGUGCAGCUCUCCGGCGGGCAGAAGCAGCGAGUCGCAAUCGCCAGGGCCGUCCUUCGGAACCCGGCUGUGCUGUUACUCGAUGAGGCAACCAGCGCGCUGGAUGUGGAAGCGGAACGAGUGGUUCAGCAGGCGCUGGAUCGGGUCACGAGGAACCGGACAACCAUAGUGGUGGCGCAUCGCCUGUCAACGAUCCAGAACGCCGACGUUAUCUCGGUGGUGCAUGAGGGGACGAUUGUCGAGCAGGGAACCCACUCGAGCUUGGUGGAGAACAAGAGUGGAGCCUAUUACAGGCUCAUCAACUUGCAGCAGCAGCAGCAGCAGCAGCAGACAUAA